ACAUUUAGUGCAAUGUUGACAGCAACUGACUAUGGUCUCUAGAGACUUUACAACACUCAGGGACGAACUGCUUUAUGCUCCAUCAAUACUCGAAUACAAAAGAACGAUCUUCUUGACUGCACAUUACAAGAUACAAGAAAAGGUUUAUAGACUUCUAGUUACUGUACAAGCCAUCAUACUCACUGUCAAGCACUGCAAGCAGGUAGCCAAAGCAGAAUUCACUAAGUCAAGUACUAUUGUCCCAAUGAUUGAUUACACCACUAAACAAGAAUGCUCUACAAUGGAACGAAUUGUAGUAGUGUGGGUUUUAUUUCUGAUGUCUGGAGUACAAGCCACUUGUAGCAAAUAUAAUGCUACAACACAAGAAAUGAAGCGUUUAUUUGACACAAAUCGGUAUGACAGACGAUUGCGGCCGCUGUUUCAAAAAGAUAAAGUGACGGUGACAGUUGGGAUGUCUGUGGUGCAUUUUGGGCAAAUACGCGAAGUUGAUAUGGAUUACAACAUUGAUAUAUUCUUUUAUCAAAACUGGAAAGACGAACGGUUAAAACACAACUUGAAGUUCCCUAUAGUCCUUGGAGGCGAAUACAGACACCUUAUAUGGAUGCCUGAUACGUUCUUUUUGAAUAUCAAAACUGCAAAGUUUCACAGUAUACCAGCUGACAAUAGUAGAAUAUCGAUAAACCCUAAUGGACAUGUCAACUAUAGUACAAGGCUGACACUAACAGCAGGCUGUGAGAUGAAUCUUCGGGACUAUCCAUUGGACGAACAGACUUGUAACUUAACAAUACUUAGCUAUGCAUUUACAGUGCAUGACCUUGACUAUAAAUGGAGUGGUAAAACCGAAGAUGCAAUAGUUAUACUAAAUAAUGCCAUGAACGAGUUUGACUUGUCUGACUACAAAACAUUCAAAGAGUUUUAUGACUACGUCUCAGGACGUUGGACUCAUUUAACAGCGUCAUUUUCGUUCAAGCGUCGCCUUGGUUACUCCCUCAUUCAAGUGUACGCGCCUACGUUUCUGAUAGUGGCGUUGUCAUGGUUAUCGUUUUGGAUCUCGAAAGAUGCUGUGCCCGCGAGGAUCGGCCUCGGUAUAACUACAGUACUGACAAUUGUUACACUGAUGGGUUCGUUUAGAGCCCAAGUACCAAAGGUUUCGUACAUCAAAGCUAUUGAUCUGUUUUUCAUUGUCUCGUUCAUGUUUGUGUUUGGUGCUGUGUUGGAGUAUAUCGCAGUGAUUCUACACAGCUCCAUGUUGGAAAAACAAACUGAAAGAAAGAAAGAAAAAGAGAAACAAGAAGAUGGCUAUGAUAACAACGUCAUUUCAUUGAACAUUAUGAACGCAAAUCAUAACAACGAUGAAAUAGUUGAGGAUGAGCCAUCACAAUCUACGAUUACUAACGUGGGAGAAGCUAAUGCAAAUAGUAAUAUCACAAAUCAUGAUACUCGUCCAAGGAAGCGAAAAAGUAGACCGCGUAAAUUCAAAAAAGCGGGUCAAUUUGUACGAUUUGUCUUUGUUGAGCAGAACGCAGAUUCGAUUGACAAAGUGUCCAGAAUACUAUUCCCAGUUGGCUAUAUCUUAUUUGGCGCGGCUUACUGGAUCUAUUACUCGCUUGCACCUUUUCACAAUAAUGAGAAUGUGAAAUUCUCAAUGUAAAUAUAUCUUGAACUUUUAUCAUGUCAUAUUUGGAUGUUUGCUAUUUAUAUUCGACUUUACUGCACAUAUAUGUAAAAGAUAUCAUCAUCAAGGUUAUUAAAAACUUAGAAUAAAACUGGUUGAGAGGCAAAAACAACAAUAAGAAUAACAACAUAAGUUAUAUACACGAAGAAAAGGAUUCCUUACAA